AUGGAUUCGUAUAUGGAUACAUACGUGAUUAUUGCUGCCUUUACGGUCUGUCUACUUUAUGGCUUUAAAAGUUUCAUGUAUAUCGUUACUACAGGCUACAAUCUGUGUGUGGCCGUUCAGGCUAUUAUCGUGCUUGUUCUGUAUCGCGACGUGAUUAUGGAUCCUAUGAAUCGAGUGAAUGCUAUUCUUCUGGUCUGCCAUGCUGCCAUUUCAAUUACCUACGCUAUCCGCCUCGCCUCCUUUAUUAUCAUCCGUUCGACGAGAGCCUCGUAUAAUGAGAGUGAAAAGCCUCAUUCAUAUCCGCUCCCUCGUCUCUCCGUUUUGUUGCCCAUGAUAGUGAUGUGUGGUUGCAUCUACUUCUUUGAGACGUCUCCCCUCCUUGCGCACGCUCGCUCUAUCAAAAUGCAUAACCCAAUCAAUAUCCCUAUCCGUGUUCUGGGACUUGCCAUCAUGUUCACGGGUUUUUUGAUUGAGAGCAUCGCCGAUGCCCAAAAGUCUGCGUUCAAGAAGGAGAAUCCCAAGCUCUUCUGCUCCACUGGGAUCUUCAGAAUGGUUCGAAUGCCGAACUAUUUCGGAGAAAUGCUUGUGUGGUCGGGAAGUCUGGUUGCUGGAUUUGCCUCGAAGAUGGAGGUUCCGAUUAUGGUAUCGAGCAUUCUGGGAGUGGCGUCCUCUGUCUUCAUCAUGUUCUCUGCUGCGGCUCGCCUGGAUAAGAAGCAAUUGGAUAAUUACGGAAAUAACCCGGAUUAUUUGGAGUAUCGUAAGAAAACCCCGGUGCUCAUCCCUUUCAUCCCGCUCUAUUCUCUUACGUCUGAAAAGCCUAAAGAUGAAUAGGUGAGUGGUGUUGCUUA